GUAAAUAAAGAACGGACCAAGACUGUUACACACGGAGAUCGGAGAAUUUAUCAAGUAAUACUGGGAUUGUGUGUAGCCCAUAGUUUUAUUAUUCGGAAACAAAAAUGAAACGAGCAAUUUGCGUUUUUGGAAGAUAUAUUUACUAGUUCAUUUUUUAUCUUAAGAGUGGGCAGAACUACGUUGUUGGGGGUGUUUCAGCUGGGGGAAGGAUUUGCGGUUGGCGACUGACUGACGUACUGUGCAGUAUAAUGACCGUCCGCUUAUUUUUUUAAUCUCGUUUCUUUAACGGGCAGUUCCUUUUAAUCUAUCUGUAAUGCAGUUUGCACGAAGAAGGCUUAGCGCCAUGUCUAUUGUAGAGAAAAAUGAACAUUUAAAAACCGUGGAAUUAACUUCUGAACAUGCCUCUUUGCAAAUCUCACGGGGUAGCCAGACAUGUCCUUCAGGUCAUGUUUGAUUGCCUGGGAGGUCAGGCAGCUACUGCUUAACGACUAAGAAACUUGCUUUGACAUUGUGAGGGACACUGCCGCCCCCUCCUGGCCCCCAUGGGCAGCGUCCUAGCCCUGUCCUCUCGCCCUGCUCGCCAGAACUCGCCGUUCCCACGUGACAGCAUCCACUCACGAUGGGACAAGAGAGAUGGCCGCCUGACCAACCCUGGUGGCUUCGACGGUCUGCAUCGUAGCUGCAAAGAUGUCUUCCCACAACAGAUCGAAGGAAUCAAGCUCAUUAUUAACAAGACCCUGAGCAGUUUUUUUGAGGUGAGACACACUUUGCACCUGAGCACUGUUGGACCGUCUAACUACCGUUUCCAUGCCUCCUACCUCCAGUCCGACACUGACAGCAAGGAAGUGGACUCCCCCAUGCUCAUCGGGGAAAUGGACUCUUCCGGCAGUCUAAACGCCCAUUCGCUCCUGCGCCUGAGCGAGCGAAUCCGAGCCAAGGCUGUUUUCCAAACCCAGCAGUCUCAGUUUGUGACCUGGCAGUUUGAGACAGAAUAUCGAGGCAAUGACUUCACAGCUGCCUGCACUCUGGCCAACCCAGACAUCUUAAAGGAGUCAGUAAUCAUGGUUGCACACUUCCUUCAGAGCGUGUCACCUCAUCUGGUGCUGGGUGGAGAACUGGUGUACCACCGGGGUCAGGCAGAGGAGGGCGGGAUCCUCACACUAGCAGGGCAGUACUCAGGUCCGAGCUGGGUGGCGACUUUAAAUGCUGGCAGGGGAGGUGCCCAUGUCAGCUACUACCACAGAGCCAACAAGCAGAUCCAGGUAGGCGUGGAGUUUGAGGCGAGCACAAGGACUCAGGAGACCAUCUUCAGCUUUGGUUACCAGCUGGAGCUUCCAGAAGCCAACAUGACCUUCAGAGGAAUGCUCGACAGUAGGUGCAUCAUUGGGGGGGUCCUGGAGAAGCGUCUGUCCCCGCUUCCCGCCGUCCUGAUGAUGGGGGCAUUUGUCAACCACCGCGGGGACAAGGUGCAGUGUGGAAUGGGCGUCACCGUGGGCUAGACUGUGGACAACAGGUGGCAGCUGCUCUGUGGGCCCCUGGAGCCUUUAUACACUGUGGGAACCGCCAGCGACUGGAAAAUCCCCCCUCCCACCCUCCUCUCCAGGAACACUGCAGGGCAGGGGGAGGCGAGCGGUGCGACCCAGGAGGUGGCCAAUCCAGGGAGAGUUCGUUUUGCAGUUCCAGUGGCUGAGCGGGAUGCUGAAUUUCCAUGGGAAGAGGCUUUGCUCCAGAUGAUCUGCAUGGGGUCAGCCUGUGUCCAGCCCAGCCCAGCACUGUUAAACAGGUUCCUCCUGCAGCGCACUGUCCACAAGGGGUGGGUUCCAGCAGGGGGCGCUCACCCUGUGGUCCACGUGGGUCCUAAUGCCCCAGUAUAGUGAUGGGGACACUAUACUGUAA